AUGGAUUUGGAUUCGGACUUUGUUGUCACGCCGUGGCGUAGUAGCGAGGAGUUGCUGCAGGUGCGAUGUGAUUUUUACAGUCGGGGUGAGAGCGACAGAAGGGAGAAAGCGAUUAACAAGGUAUUGGCAUGGCGGUCGCGGAAACCUGACCUGCCGCUACUGUUGGACUCUACUGCAGACAUUGUCGAUGUAGUGCUCCAGGAUGAGAGAGGACUGCUGGCGCAUAAUGCGCUACGGUUAUUGUAUGCUACUGCCAUUUCAAGAUUCAUCACCGGCCUCGCAGACACCCAAAUAGAGCUCACCCGCGACCGACCCUCCUGGUUCCCACCCGGAAAAUCCCUCCAACUACCCACCUCCCUCCUUGAAAUCCGCCACCGAAUCGUGCACCGCCACCUCCCCUCUCUCGCCGAGCUCAAACGCGCCGCAGCAACGUCCCUCGACUGGCUCUGGGAAUGGUACUGGGCGCAACUCGACCACGCCUUCUCCCUCACCAAGCCCUCCGGACAGGAGCAAGAGGGCGUCAGCGACAUGCUGAUGGGCAUUCUAAAAGCGUACGUGAAGAAGCGAAAGACAGAGAUCAAAACGCGCCGGAAGGAUGGUGAGGCGUCCAAAGCCGCUGAAAACGCACUGUCGAACUACACCCUCCGUUUCGCGCCGAGCAGCACCUCGCACUCGCCUGCGCACACGCAGACACUCCUCGUUGAACUUCUUGUUGGCGAGAAAAUGGUACUCCCCGCAGACAAAAAAUAUGGGUCCAGCAUGUCCGGCGCAUUCCUCGUCUGGACACCACUGCUCCUCACUUUCUGCUCCCAUUUCCCGCCUUUACGACAACUUCUGCUCACGCACAUGAUGGACGCGAUGAAUGCCUCGGCCGGGACACAUGUCGAGGUGGACCCCGUCCGCGAGGGCAUGUACGAAUGGAUCUCGCACAUGCUCUGCUCGGAGGAAUGGAAGGUCGCGCGCCCGACGGAUCAGAUUCGUGAAGAUAUACUCAUGCGGUGUUUCUCGGACCCGACGUUUUGGAAUCUGAAGCUUGCGGGGAGGAUAUUGCAGGAUGAGACGGUGGCGGGUCGCGAGAUGUGGAUAGCUGUUUUGGCGGCUGCGGGAGGUGAAGAAAUUGUGGUAUCUGAGAGUAGGGAAAAGGCGCGCGUGGAUGUAGAUGUGGAUGACAUGGACGUCGAGAAUACCGAAACGGGCCUGCCUGUGGAGGAGGAUAGGGAAGAGAAAAAGGAAGUAAAGGAGAAAAUCAAAGGGCCGCAGAAGGUGGUGGGGUUGUGGAAACCUAGGGCUAUUGGAACGCUGCCUGAGGGGUGGGAGGAAGAGUAG